CUCACACUGGACCCAAACACAGCACACACACAUCUCUCUCUGUCUGAGGGGAACAGAAAGGUGACGCGUGUGGAGCAGCAGCAGUCGUAUCCUGAUCAUCCAGAGAGAUUUGAAUACUGGGAGCAGGUUGUGUGUAGAGAGAGUCUGACUGGAUGCUGUUACUGGGAGGUUGAGUGGAGUGGGGGAUGGGCUGAAAUAUCAGUGACAUAUAAAGGAAUCAGCAGGAAAGAAGGCAGUUAUGACUGUAGGUUUGGAUGUAAUAUAAAGUCUUGGAGGCUGAGCUGCUCUGAUAACAGAUGCACUGUCUGGCACAAUAAUAAGGGAACUGCCAUCUCUGCCCCCUCCAGCUCCAACAGAGUAGGAGUGUAUCUGGACUGGCCCGCCGGCACUCUGUCCUUCUACAGCGUCUCCUCUCACACACACACACUCACACACUUACACACACUCCACUCCACAUUCACUGAGCCCCUCUAUGCAGGGUUUGGGCUUUGGGAUUCUGACUCCUCAGUGUGUGUGUGUGAGCUAGAAUAG